AUGAAGUUGACCACCGUUCUAUCGCUGCUGAGCUCGGCUUCCGCUGCCGUCAUGCAGCCCAAGGAUCUCGAUGUUCAAGACACCAGGUCUAUCCGCAACGUCGCCGCCACCAUUGCCCACGGCACAAUGUCCUACUACCAGGGCAACACUACCUCCGAGCCCAGAGGCAUUGGCAAUGUCAACCGUCCUUACUACUGGUGGGUUGCUGGUGCUCUCUGGGGCAUGAUGAUUGACUAUUAUCAUGUCACCAAAGACCCUAGCUACAACCAGGUCGUCCUCGACGCUCUCCUAGCCAAGACCAAUCUUGGUCCCGAAAACAACUAUCUACCUCCCGAGCACGCCGACGAAGAAGGCAACGAUGAUCUCUUUUUCUGGGGUAACGCUGUCCUGUCCGCCGCCGAAAACAACUUUCCCCAGCCUAAAAAGGAUCUACCCUCGUGGCUCGACAUUAGCAAAAAUGUCUUCAAAUGGCUCGAGUCCAAAUGGGAUACCAAACAUUGCGACGGCGGUGUCUUUUGGCAAAUUCUUGAAAGCAAUCCCAACGGCCUCAACUACAAAAACUCCAUCAGCAAUGGCGGCUUCUUCCAGCUCGCAGCCCGUCUCGCCCGCGCCACCAACGACGAUCAAUACAUUCAGUGGGCAGAAAAGAUCUGGAACUGGUCUUGGGACAAGCACCUGAUUGACCACGACCUUUAUCGCAUCUCUGACGGUGUCGACAUUCGCGAUCAGUGCACAAAGCCUAAUCCAGCUUCCUACACAUAUCUGAGUGGUAUAUACCUCUAUGGGGCUGCUGUCAUGGCCAACCACACUGGCAAGUCGGAAUGGUCUGAUCGUGCCGAGAAGCUUCUCAGUGGCUCUAGCUGGUUCUUCUUUAACGACGGCGACAGCAAAAAUGUCAUGUAUGAGGGUGCCUGCGAACCCAUCGACUCCUGCUUCAAGGGCAAUGCCGACAUGAGCACCUUCAAAGGCUACCUCGCCGACCUUAUGUGGAAGAGUGCCGUUUUGCAACCCUCGCUCCAUUCCAAAGUUGCCGAAUGGCUCAUCCCUACAGCCAAGGCCGCUGCUCAAUCUUGUCAAGGCGGCAAGUCCAACACCGAAUGCGGCAUGAAGUGGUCCACCGGCGGCUACGAUAACCAGACGAAUCUGGGCCCCCAGAUGAACGCUCUUGGUGCCGUCCAAGGCCUCCUCAUCGAUUCGGCUGCUCCUCCCAUGCAGGCGAGCGGCAUCGUCCGAAACUACAACGCCACCUUUGAAGCCGUUGAUCCCAACCGAACGGAUUCAAGUGCAACACCGACGGAAAAUAGUACGUCCAAGACGCCCACUUCCACAAAGACGGAAACCCCUACACUCACAGCCACAUCCUCCACACCAUCCACAUUAUUCACAUCAUUCACAUCAUCCUCGACAGUCACGUCUGAAACUUCCACCCCUACUCCAAUGCCAAUCACCACCCUGUCUGCGCCUGAGUCUACAAGUUCAUCAACUUUAAAGACUCCUAGCACUUCAAGUUUUGGCUCCCACUUUCCCAACUCUGGGAGUUUUAGCUCCGAGUCAUCAACCUCUGUCAUUACACAAAUCACUACACCUAGCCCAGCCGAGACGCCGAGAUCGAUCGAGACUAGCGGAACCGCGACCACUGGAAAUAGUGAGUUGCUAUCGACGCUAUCUUGCCCGUCUUGCACCGUCUCGGAGUCUUCUACUGCCACCGACAUGACCAUCACUCUCGACCCUUCGUCUACCCCUAAGCCAUCUUCCAAGCCCUCUUCCUCCAUCGCGCGUAUUAUUACCUCCACUCCUGGGUCUUUGUCAUCAUUCUUCGCCCCCUCGCCUCCGUCACACCAGUCCAUCACCACCUUCCUUUCCAUGCCCAAUCAAUCCCAUCCCGGAACGGGAUUGCCUUCUUCUGGUCUAACACAUAGUAUAGCUACAUUGCCAUCUUCUACCGACGAGUCUGCUGCCACGACAAGUUGUGCCAAUCACAUCUCCAUUGCUGUGGCUGUUGCCUUGAGCUCGGCCCUGGUAAACUGGUUGGCAUGA